CUAUUAUUGAAAUCAGAUUAAAAUAUGUAUCACUUAACUGCAGUACUUAAGCAUGAUGGUAGAGCAUCAUUUGGCCAUUAUUAUAGCUAUAUUUUCUACAAAAAUGAUUAUAAACUUGGUGGAAGUCUAAUUAUUCCAUAGUUACAAAGGUUGAGAAUCCCCAAGUUUUGCAAUUAAGCAAAAUUAUUAUCAAGGAGAUCAAUUGAAGAUCAAGAACAAUUAUUGUAAAACCUACGAUUUUUCUAAAUCUUAAAAUUUUGGAUUUAAUUGCUAUAAAUCUUUAGAAAAUGGACUUCAAGUAAUAAUGUGUUUAUUAUUCGUAGUUAUGGGUGGAAUAAAAAAAAAAAAUUAAUUUCUACUCAAAAAUUGCUCUAUCCGAAGAAUACAUUAAAUCCUGGGACGUAAUUGA